ACGGCGGUGGGAAUCAGUUGUAUGAAGCUUUUGAAGGAACUGAUAAACAACAUAUGUAUAUCCCUCACUAUAUCAGAGGUGAUUUGGACUCUUUGAGAGAUGAUGUCAGAGAUUUUUAUAUUUCUAAAGUAAGCAAACAUUCGAUCUAUUCUUUUAGCAAAUAUAUUACUGAACAAAAGGCUAUUGUUAAGGGUACUGAGGUUGAACAGGAUCCGGAUCAAAAUUCCACAGAUUUCAUGAAAUGUAUUGAACUUGUUCGCAGAAAGGAAAGUGAAUCUUCCGUAAAGCACGAGAUUGUUGCACUUGGUACAUUUGGAGGUAGAGUGGAUCAAGCAAUGUCAAAUAUUCAUUACCUAUAUAAGCUAAAAAAUGAGAGAAGAAUUUACCUAUUAUCAGAUCAAAAUAUGACUAUUUUACUCGACAAAGGAAAGCAUCAAAUACAUUGUAAUCACGCUAUUGAGGGUCCGAACUGUGGAAUAAUACCCAUUGGCAUUGAAAGAGCUAUUGUAACAACUACGGGAUUAGAGUGGAAUCUUACGAAUAGUUCCACCUCUUUUGGUGAGAUGAUUAGCACGUCUAACCACUUAAUUAAUGAUAUUGUAAUGAUUGAAACCGAUUCUCCUAUUUUAUGGACAGUCGAAUUGAAAAUCUGA